AUGGAAGAUUCAGAUUCUAGCGACAAUGAAAAUGAUACGUUGGUCAAACAUAGACGCCAAAGGGAGAGACUGGCAAGAGAAGAAGCUUUCUACCGAUUUGUGAACAGCCUGAGUAAUGAAGACUACAAACUUAUGAGAGAUAACAACUUGCUUGGCGCCAUCGGUGAAAAAACUGAAGAAGAAUUGCAGAGAAGUCUACAGCGCAUUAAAGAAUCAAUACAAAUUCCAGGAUUCUAUCCGAACUAUUUCAUGCCAACCAUUCAACCCAGGACCUUUAACCCACCAGGUGGAAGACCUCCUAUCCAUGAUGUACAACAUAGUGUUGGUUCGGUAACAAACCAGGUUAGUUCCAUCUUUAGGCAACCUGAACCGAUGACAGGAAGAGAACAAAGAGUAAAUCGAUCUUGUACAGCAACAAGUGAAAAUAAUUUAAACACAAGUGAUACCGAGGUAAGAAUGAAUUCUUACUCAAGAAUCCAGAGGCAAGCAGCGAAUACACAAUCUGACUCAAUAUUUUCAAGGCCUUCUAGAGCAGAAGCAAGUGCGAGCGAAGCAUCAACUGAAGUUCAACCUCCUGCAAGUCAGGAAAUAGAAAGUAACAUAAGCACAAUAAUCCGGAAAGUCAGAGCAAGGCCUCAGAGUAGUUCAUCUUCAUAUUCACAGAAUGGAAUUCUAUGGAGAGUUCAUAAUCCAGAAAACAUUCAGGAACAAACACGUACAGAAACUGAUGUAACAUUUCCAGGAUCACAACUAAAUACAACUAUAUCCUCAAUGAAUACUCCAGGUACUAGUGGUCAGAGAAGAGAAAGAAAUAGGAGCCCUGAACUUCAGAGAGUUAGAGCCAGAAAUGAGGAGAGCUCACCCUCAAAUUCACAAAGUCAAAUACAAAGAAAAGUUCAAAAUACACGAAAGAACUAUAGGCGAACAGCAAAUUCACAAUCUGAGACAACAUCCGUAAGGCCAUCUACAUCAGAAGUCACUGCAGCGGAAACAUCAAUGGACAAUCUACCUAGCAGAAUCCAAAGAAGAACAAGAAGCACGAGUCCAGUACGUCGGAGAGUUAAACAAAGAAUUGAAGGUAGCUUGCUUCCUAAUAAUACAUCCUCUGAGAAUUCUAGGGUUAAUGAGGCUGAGAUGUCUUCUAGCAUUCCACAACACGAGGCACUGACAGGGCAAACGACUGGUUGUAGUUUGUGUAUUAAACAACUUCUUGCAGGUUUGACAGCAACAAAUGACCGUACAGCACAAACUGAUUCAAACAGAAGCAUUCGUGGUGAGUCCUCUAUAAUGAGACCAAGUAAUCAAACCCCAGAUUCAAAUUCUGAAGUAAGUUUUAACACAGUAAGAGAACAUUCACUAGGAGACAACAUAGCUAAUAGAAGUCAAGUAACACCUCAGACAACAAGCAACACUAGUACUUUAGGAAGUGGUCAAGUAAGCAGAACUAUGCUUUCAAAUACUGAGCAGUCACGUGAGACUGCUUGUAUCCGAACAACUGUGUCUACACAGUCAAAGGUUCAUUUAAAUAAUGCCACAUUAGUGAUUACUCACAGAACAUUAUGCCAGAUAAUGGUAGAAUUUGAUCCACUAACUAACCAUACAAACAAUGACAGUGACACAGAGAAUGACACUGAUGGUAACAAUGAUAAUGACACUGAUCGUGAGAAUGAAGACAGUCAUAGAGACGAGAGCGAGGUUUAUUGUUAUAGUGAUUUUGAACAUAGUGACUCAUUCAUAAUUGAUAGCACAGAAAGUGAAAAUACAGAAAGUGAAAGAGAUUAUGAGUCUGAUGAGAGUGAAAUUUAUGCUUCUAAUCUAAAUCCUGACUGGGAUUCCUAUAAUUCCCCAGGAAAUUCGGAAUCUAGUCUUAUUGCCAGUUAUAACUCCAGCGAUGAAAGUAGUAGUACUGAAAGUUCACUAUCAAACUCAUCACUAGAGACCAGGGAAGAAAGUAGACCUAUUACCCCAACAUCUGAUGACUUCAACUUCUCACCUAUUGAAGAUCACUUAGAGGCACAUGAAGACAGCCCUCCUAUGGGAGGACUCUCUAAACGACAAAUUGAUAUGUUAACCGUAAGAAAUUUUAAUGAAAGCGAUGCAUCAAAUUCAUGUACUAUCUGUAUCGAGGAAUUCAGAGAGGGCAAUAAGAUUCGCACACUGCCUUGCUCUCAUACAUACCAUGUACACUGUAUAGAUUCAUGGCUGGCUGAUAAUGCUACAUGUCCUGUUUGUCGAAGGCGAGUACGUUCUAAUGGCAGAGAAUUAUAA